AGAAAUGCGCUAUAUUUUUUUGCUUAAAAAAUCAAGAUACAAGUUUGUAAUUCCCGCGCGCAUUUGACACUUGACGUAUUUCACGUAUUGACUUGAUGGAUCGAAGUAGCAGAAGGCAUAGAAAAUGAGAGGCUGAAAAGUCUCCUUUCAGUUUGCAUUUUCGUAUUUACAUGCAUGGAACUUCAGUUGACGUCUCUUAAGUUUAUAACCAACCUCAAAAAUGCUUAGUUGCUGCUGGUGUUGUUCGGCUUUACGACCGAGGUAUAAAAGACUCGUCGACAAUAUUUUCCCGGUUAAUCCGCAGGAUGGCCUCGUCAAGAACAACAUGGAAAAACUCACUUUUUACUCUCUCAGUAGUCCCGAAAAACUGGACAGAAUCGGAGAGUACCUGUUUCAGCGCGCUUCUAGAGACAUUUACAGACGGCGAAAUGGUUUCGUCAUUAUCGCAAUGGAGGCGAUGGACCAGCUCCUGGUAGCUUGUCACGCACAAACCUUGAACCUCUUCGUCGAGAGUUUUUUGAAAAUGGUCCAAAAACUCCUCGAGUCGACAGACCCCCAAUUGCAGGUCCUAGCGACACAGUCCUUUGUUAAAUUUGCAAACAUCGAAGAGGACACGCCGUCUUAUCACACACGUUACGAUUUCUUUGUAUCAAAGUUCUCUGCCAUGUGUCACUCCAAUCACGACGACAGCGCCAUUCGCAAGCAGAUUCGACUUGCUGGAAUUCAGGGGCUGCAAGGUGUUGUGAGGAAAACCCUUUCUGAUGAUCUGGUGGAAAAUAUUUGGGAACCCGUCCACAUGGACAAGAUCGUUCCCUCGUUGCUCUACAAUAUGCAGAAUGCGAGGCACUCUGAUAAAGCCGAUGCAACACCGGAAAGUCCAACGGAGGAAAGAUCUGAUCCACCUCAGUUUGCAGAAACCUGCAUGCGGGAACUUGUAGGUCGCGCGUCCUUUGGCCACAUCCGCUGUGUCAUCAAACCGGUUCUCAGGCAUUUGGAUCUUCACACUCUAUGGGUUCCCAAUUACUUCGCAAUCCAUACUUUCAGGAUAAUAAUGUUCUCUAUCCAGUCGCAGUAUUCCUACACCGUCGUCGAAGCUCUAAUGACCCAUCUCGACGAUCAUUGUCAAUCUUCUCCGAAAAUACGCACCAGUAUCGCAGACACCUUGUCGAAAAUAAUCUCGAUCGCAGCCGGUGAAAGUGUAGGUCCCUCCGUUUUGGAGAUCAUAAAUUCCCUCCUCUCUCAUCUCCGGGUGAGUGUCACCCGUAACCAGGUAUCGACGAGCGAUGAGCAGCAAUAUCAAGAAGCGCUCAUCAACGCGCUUGGAGAGUUUGCGAAUCAUCUGCCCGACUACCAGAAGAUCGAGAUCAUGAUGUUCAUCAUGGGCAAGGUCUCCUACAGCCAGCCGGAUCGGAUCAGUUCCCUCGGGAAGGGUGAUGUCCUCCUCCAGAGUAUACUGCUCAAAUCUCUGCUCAAGGUCGGCACCAAGUAUCAGACGAUUCAUCUGAACACGACAUUCCCGCCCAGUUUUCUCCAGCCUCUUCUCAGGAUGUCGCUAGCCUCGGACGGCGAGAUGCGGCUCCUGGUGCAGCAGAUUUUCCACACGCUAAUUGACCGGCACCGCAAUAUCAACAAGUUGGCCAAACCGACAAUUAACGUGGUGGAUCUGGACUUGAUGAUCGAGAAAGCCUCGAGGCCGGACGUGAUUUUCAUUCGGAAACACGGUCCCGAAAUCUACAUGGCUCUCUACGAAUCCCUCGAAAUGACGAAUAACUCGGUGGAAAAUGUUGAGUCGAUUUACACGACCCUUGCCCUCCUGGCGGUGGAGCUCGCCUCUGAGGAAACAGUUCUUGAAUUUCUCCGGCUUGUCCUGAGUCUUCAAGACCUUGCACUCACCAGUGCACAAAUCACGAUGGCGCUCAAGUUCAAUCUUCACUCGAUCGUCAUUUCUCUACUGGUUUUGAUAUCCUACGUCUGCAAUAUAACUUCAUUGAUGGACUAUGCAACAAAGAAAUUGCCUGGCGAGGAAUUGACAUUCGAAAGCAUGAAGCGAAUAUUGACAGAAAAUAGCGACGCUCAGGUAAUAGAAGAAGAAAAACGAGUGCAGAUUUCACAACUCUUCCAGAGGGCGCCCUUCGAAGAUCUUGUCAACAAAACACAACCGAAGCACGACAUCUUACAGAACAAACUUUCGGAGAUAUUUAAUUCCUUAACAUUAGAACCGAGAAACAAUUCGCUUCCAGGAAGUACACCAUCUGACAGCAAGCCGUCGCAAACACCGGCCUACGAAAUCCACUUUCCAGAAUUGUUCGUUUACUAAAUUUUGAUUUUUAGUAGUAUAGCUGCGAGAGCGUCACUUACCGACCGAUCGGUCGGUAAAGCAGAUUUCUCUAGUCAAGCAGAGGAGAAAAAAUUUACUCGGUCGGUAAGUGACGCUUUUCUAGCUAUACUACAAUUCGUACGUUUUUUUCUGGUUUGGAUUGUUGAUUUAGAUUAAGAAACGAAUCGUUACUGAUGCGAUGAAUUGACAUUAGUUUCUUUAUUUUUUUUUUAUAUAUAUAUUUUGAUGUGGACUGCGGUUUUUUUCCUGUAAAUAACAUGUGUUGCGCACAUUUUUUUUAUAAGGA